GAAGACACCAAAAUCAACAUUAAUAUGCCUAACUUCAAUCAUUCAGACCAUCAUUCCCAAAUCCAUAACCGCCUUCUCUCCCUCAGCAUCCAUGGCAAGCUUGGCAGCUCUCUCUGAAUCCUUCUCCCACUUUUACACCAUCACCCUAGCCCUCAUCUUCAUCCUAAUUCUCCAGCUUGUGACUCUGAUCCGUUCCGUCACCGGCUAUCACUCACAGGACCCGAUCACCCUUGCCCAGUACCUCGAAUACAUCGAAGACAACAACCCCACGAUUCAUUUCUCCAAAAAAUCGACGCUGGAACCGAACGAAUGCACCGUUUGUUUAUCGGAGAUUAAGGAAGGGGAGAAUGUUAGGAAAUUGAAAUGCAAGCAUACCUUCCACAGGGAUUGCCUGGACCAAUGGUUGCAGCAAUAUCGGGCUACUUGCCCGCUCUGCAGGACUAAGGUCUUGCCUGAGAGAAUUGUCGCUGAAUUUUAUCGCCAGCAACAUGAGGUCGAGUAUGAUGAGGAGAUAGUGAGGGCCAUAUCUGCAUUUUACAGUAUCGAUAGAAAUAGAUUGUUCUGAUUUGCUUUAAUUCUGUCAGGGUUAGUAAUUGUAUAUGGCGAAUUUAUUACUUUUCUAGCUAGGGUGUUGCAAACAUGAAUACCUGUUCUGGAUCCAUGAUAAAGUACAAGAAUUUUGAUGUAAGCUUUUGGUUCAUCUAUGCAUAUCUUAUAUGUGCUUCGUUUGGAAUAUUUCUGUGGUGUUGUACUGUAUAAGCUAUGGUUGUCGGUCCUUUUUCAUCUUUUACUAUCACAAAAAUGUAUAAAAUGUUAGUUAAAAU